GCACCUACGAGACACGGGACAUCCCCUCAGCUUGGCUGCCAAGUCCUAGAAGUGCUCCCCACGCGCUUGACCCCAGGCAAGGGGGCAGCACCAAGGCCGGCGGAACCUCCCUCCAUCCCCGGAGGUCGCCGUCUCCUCUUCCCAGGCUCGCGAGCUCUCCCGUUACUAAACUUCUGCUACCUGGCUGGGAACUUCCCGCGGCGGAAACGGGCCCUUCUUCGGGCCUUCAUUUGUGCCCGAGACCGAGGCUGCCCAAAGCCCCGCUCCCCUGGGGAGCUCCUUCCGCAGGGAGGACCGAAUCGCCCAUCCCGCCUCCAUUUCUCUGCCGCCCGCGCGUGGGGAGAAUCUCCCUGAGGCCCCCACACUGUCUUAGGGCCCAGAAGAGCCUGGAACUCCGCACGCCUGAGGCCCCGGGACGCUUUUCUUUCCUUCCAGAACCCCGGAGACUGCAGCGCGGCGCCCAGAGCCACUGUGCAGGGGCGGGGAGGGAGGCGGGGCUGAGACAAAGGAAAGGAAAGAGAGGUGGGCCGGAUAGGCAGUGGCAAUCUAACCUGGGAACAGGCGGCGCAGAGGCCUCCCGGAAACAGGAAGUGAAGAUCACACCAGUUCCACCUCCUCCUCCAAUUCCUAGGCUUUUCCCUCCGCGGCUCCUUAGCCAGCCGUGGAAUUCCUCCGCCUCCAGCCUCCAUCCUCGCAUUACAGAAUCAAGGCUGGGAAAAGAUGGAGGAACUUCACCAAAUGGACUCACUGGGGCUACUUUGCUGCCUCUACAGGGAUCCUGGAGUCUCAGGGAUGGCAUUUGAGAGGGACAGACUCCCAGCCCAGGAGGUGGUGACGUUCAAGGAUGUGUCUGUGGAGUUCACAAGGGAGGAGUGGCACCUCUUGUCUCCUCCCCAGAAAGAGCUGUACAAGGAAGUGAUCCUGGAGAAUGCCUGGAACCUGCUCUCUGUGGGGUUUCCAGUGCCCUCGGAAGACAUUCUCUCUUAUUUGGAGCAGAAGGAAGCCCCAUGGAUGCUGGAGCAAAAAGGCCUGAGGAGCUGCUGCCCAGGAGAGAUCAUACCUGAAUUAAAGGCGAAUCCAACAGAGAUGAGCCCUCCUGUGGAAGAAAUGGACCUACAAAGAUUCAUGAGUGUUGGUCCUAAAAACUUUACUUCCAGAGAAUUCUGUGUUGCAUCUCGAAAUUUAUCCCCUAUUGAACAUCAAAGAAUGCACACUGAAAAACAAUCUAGAGAAAGUAAUCAAUGUGGAAAGAAUUUUAUUCACAGGGCCAGUCUUGCUCAAAAUCAGAGAUUAUACACUAGUGAGCAAGCUUAUGAAUGCAAGCAGUAUAGAAACACAUUCAGUCAGAGCUCCAGUCUUGCUCAGCAUCAGAGAAGGCACACUGGGGAGAAAUCUUUUGAGUGCAAGCAGUGUGGAAAGACAUUCAGUCAGAGCUCCAAUCUUGCUCAACAUCAGAGAAUCCACACUGGGGAGAAACCUUAUAAAUGUAAGCAAUGCGGAAAGACAUUCAGUCGUAGCUCCUAUCUUGUUAAACAUCAUAGAAGGCACACUGGGGAGAAACCUUAUGAAUGUAAGCAAUGUGGAAAGACAUUCAGUCAGAACUCCAGACUUGUUCAACAUCAGAGAGUGCACACUGGUGAACAACCUUAUGAAUGCAAGCAGUGUGGAAAGACAUUCAGUAUGAGUUCCAGUCUUGCUCGACAUCAGAGAAUCCACACUGGGGAGAAACCUUACGAAUGCAAGCAGUGUGGAAAGAAAUUCAGUGAGAACUCCAAUCUCACUGUACAUCAGAGAAGGCAUACUGGGGAGAAACCUUACAAAUGCAAGCAAUGUGGAAAGACAUUCAGUCAUAGCUCUGAUCUUGCUAGACAUCAGAGAAGGCACACUGGGGAGAAACCUUACAAAUGCAAGCAUUGUGGAAAGACAUUCAGUCUGAGCUCCGAACUUGCUGUUCAUCAGAGAAGGCACACUGGGGAGAAACCUUAUGAGUGCAAGCAAUGUGGAAAGACAUUCAGUCUGAGCUCUGAUCUUGCUGUUCAUCAGAGAAGGCACACUGGGGAGAAACCCUAUGAAUGCAAGCAAUGUGGAAAGACAUUCAGUCAGAGCUCCAAUCUUGCUAGACAUCAGAGAAGUCACACAGGGGAGAAACCUUAUGAAUGCAAGCAAUGUGGAAAGACAUUCAGUCAGAGCUCCAAUCUUGCUAUACAUCAGAGAAGGCAUGCCGGGGAGAAACCUUACAAUUGCAAGCAAUGUGGAAAGACAUUCAGUCUGAGCUCUGAUCUUGCUAUACAUCAGAGAAGCCACACUGGGGAGAAACCUUAUGAAUGCAAGCAAUGUGGAAAAACAUUCAGUCUGAGCUCCAAUCUUGCUAGACACCAGGGUAUUCACACUGGGGAGAAACCUUACAAAUGCAAGCAAUGCGGAAAGACAUUCAGUCAGAGCUCUGAUCUUGCUGUACAUCAGAGAAGGCACACUGGGGAGAAACCUUAUAAAUGCAAGCAAUGUGGAAAGACAUUCAGUCUGAACUCCAAUCUUACUCGACAUCGAAGUAUUCACACUGGGAAGAAACUAUGAAUGUAAGAAAUGUGGAAAGAUGUUCACAUUGCAGCUUAUCUUGCUAUUGUGUGAAGGAAAUUCCCCUUUAUCCCAUUCUGGGGCAGCAGAAACCAAAAAAAUAAAUGUUGUCAAUUUCAACUAUGAAACAAAAUGAUUGACAUUCCAAUGGACUCAGUUGAAUGUGUUAUCAGAAUAAUUGUCUUACAUGGAUAAUCACCAUGCAUCUAUUAGUUUUACACUGUACUGAUUGCAGGCAGAGGCUAAUGUAGCAACUGAUAAAAUCACACUUAUUUCUGCUAUUUCUAACCCAUCAUUUGCACAUCAAAUCUUAUGCUUAUUUUGCAUUAAGGUCUAUACUACAUAUGUGGUCAAAAUUUUAUCACACCAGUACUGAACUUUUGAAGAUUGGAUUUGGCUCUCCAGUGAUUGUUACAGUGAAGGUACUUAGCUCUUCCUUGAUUGUGAAGAUUAAGUUUUAAUCCCCUAUUUGUUGAUUUAAUCCUCAGAAAUGGAAGCAUAGUACUUGAAGUUGAGUGGGAAGAUCUGCCCAUGUUAGAUCUUAUCACCACGGGUGUAAAUUUCCCACUUAAUCAUGAAGUGGGAGGUCUGUGACCCACAUGUUUGAUAGUAGGUAACAAAUUAGAAUCAACUAGCUGUCUAUUGGGCAGUCCUAGAGCAGAACGUCAACUGUUAUUGGUAUAUGUGGAAUUUGGGGAAGUGAUGCAAGAAAAAAAGAUCUUUAAAAGAAAGACAAGGGCCUGAGGGAAGUUGGUCUUCUGGGAAUUUUUAGUGGUUGGUCUUCUGGGAAUUUGAAAGAGACACUUGUAAUGGAGCCUGCUAGAGUUGAGAUUGACUUGACACCAUAGUGAGUGUAAAGGCUGACUUCCUUGCCCUUUCUGGAGGCAUGAGCCUCCAAGAAUGGCCCAUUAUCUUGAGACUCCUUUCCCCUGGCUGGGGCCUUAGAAUUGCUAUGACGGUCAGAGGAAGCAGGACCUGUCUCGCUCUGUGUCUUCCCUUUUCUCUCUUCCAUAUCUUCCCUCUAUUGUAAAACAAACUACCAUAAACUCCAUUCAACUUUAUAAUUCAUUUUUGAGAUUUUGAAGAUUUAGAAAUUUUGGGAUUUAGAAAUUAAAUCCCUGGUGACUAAUUAAAUAGUCAGUCCAACCAUAAAUAUCUAAGAAUCUGGCUGACCACAUAGGUUGACGAAAUACCCUCAAUCUUCCUAUGUUUCCUUAACUUUUCCUUUACUGUUGUUACUAUACCUAACUCAUUUUAAUCAGCUGUAGAGGUAAGCUCAAAUAUUUUCUUUUUUUCUUAAAUUAGAUACAACAUAGGUGUUUUAAUAUUAGCAACAAGGUCCUAGCUGAGGAAGCUGUUUCCCAUUCUCCCUUCCCCUAGGGAACAAACAACCCAAUUAGCAGACCCUCACUUACAAUACUAGCUGGCUGGAUUGCUCUUAACUAUAGGUGAGGAAAACCUGGAGAAAGGAGCCCUGCAAGAGAGAGUGCUUGUAUUAAAGUCUACUUUCCUAUUUUCCAGCCUCUCUAGUUUUUAAAAUUUAAGUGAGUUUUGCUCAAAGAGGAAAGCACAUUGUCCUGGCAGUUUUAGCCAGAGGGAUAAGGAGAGAACACUUGUGACCCCUCCCAAAUUUAGCCUUUAAGAGCCUCAGGCAAAAGACUUUGUUUUCAUCUGCCUUUUCACCCUGAAAUGUUAAUUGGAUUAAGGCUGUGAAUAGAACCAAACCCAAACACCUAGCCAAAAGACAGAAAGGAAAAAUUUAGAACAAAAUAAGAUCCUAAGCAAGCAAUAGCUAGAUCUAUUGACAAAAGGCAAAAUUGCAGUCAACUUAGUGAUUGACUUUAGGAAUAUGUGGUUAGAGCCAGUAUACAAAUUACUCAACAACUGGCUUUUCAGCACCAUGACCAAAUUUGGAAAUGUAUUGUUCCUUGUCUCCUUGAAAUGGCUUAUCCCAGAGAACUUAUGGCAAUGGUUAAGCUCCACUCUGCUCCUGGUUGGGAUUUUAAUUGUUGGACCUAUAAUAUUGUAUCUAUUUUUCUAUAAGAGCUGGAAAAUACCAUACAUAAGAUAGAGAAUCAAAUAGGAGAAUUAUGUAGCAUACCAGGCAUGUUGGCAUUUGGAAAGUAUGAUUGAUGUAUUGAUACUGUGCUACCAGACACAUGGUCAGACCUCUAAAUGUUAUAGGGACAGUCCAAUGGAUGGGCAAAUUCUUGGGCUAGGCGUGGACAGCCAUGCUGCCUUGGCUCAGAUUACACUCAUUUACAAAACACAGGUACUUUCGCUCAGAGUACACUCAUUUGCAUAGCGCGGUUGGAUUAACCUCCACCUCUUUUAUCUCAUCAUUGUCAGUUCAACCAAUGUUAAAACCUAUGUAAUGUUAUGUAUUCGUUGAUCCACAUUCCUAAAAACCUUCAAUAAAUAUGGGGAAACCAGAGCAAAACUCCUCUCUAAUGCUCUCUUACUAUCUCCACUCUUACUCUAUCCUUCCUUCUUAUUCUCUCCCUCUGUUCCCUCCUCUCCUCUUACUCUCUUGCUUCACUGUAUCUCUUUCAUAGCAACGCUGUCGCCCCAGUGCCUCAGCACCAGGAGUAGAGACUCCCACCUUUCCUAGCUACUCUGUUGCCCCAGUGCCGAGGCACCAGGGAGUGGUGACUCCCCCCACUUUUCUAGCGACUUUGUCACCCCCAAAGCAGCCUCUCUUAUCUAUAGAGUAUCAAGGAGUUGGUACUCCUCACCUAUUCUCUUAUUCCUCUUAUUUCCUCAGAGUUCGCGUUACUCCCCAUGUGUUUCAACUUUUGUCUUUGAGUCUUCAUUGUUAUUCUCCCAUUUCCUUAGCCCCCUCUUUCUACCUCAGGUCAUUACCCAUAGAUAAAUGUUAUAGGACUCCCAUGUGGGGUCACUUUAAAUUAUGUCAGACUCCCCUUUGGAAAGCAUAUUUCCCAGCCAAACUGACCAAUUGUUCCUUCUACUAUUCAACAAUAUGUGGAAUAAAAUGCUUGGCUUGAUUUUAUAGAGGAAAGUUGGGGGGGGGGAGCUCAGGUUUUUAUGAAAAGCAUUAAAAGGAACUUAAUAACAUCCCAGAAUAGGAGUGAUUUAUCUCUGCACACUUCAUCAUUAUGAGAAUCUCUGUCCCACCCUGCUCUACACAAUUUGGCUCCUACUUCUCAAACACUUCAGUCCAUCUGGUCGGCUGAUUGACUAUGACCAGACAAAAUUUAUACUGUCCAGCUUUUGGCAUAGAGAUCAAAUCAACUUGACAUUGUUCAAAUGGUAUGUAAGCAAGAGUACACCCACCAAAGGCUUUGCCACCAAAGGCAUGUUGAUUAAAGGCCUGGCAGGUAGGGCAGGCUGUACAUACUCUAGAGAAUAUCCAUACUCAUUUAACAGAGACCAUGAUGACCUGGGUGCCAAAAUGAUCAUUUUUAUGAAUAGAUUGGCAAAUUUGUUGACAAAAACUUCUAGGGAGCAGGGGUUUUCCAUCUAGGGGGUUCUCCUUGGGCUUUGCACCAUCUCCCAGUGCUAGGCCUGAUGGGAGGAGGGUAUGUAAUUAGAAUCUUGCAUCCUAAAAACUACAUUUCCCAGAAUCCCUUUCCUUUCAUCCUCACCUCAUAUCCUUAGGUUUUGUAGAUAAAAGUUUGUGUAACCUCAACCCCUCUCUCUGUUCUGCCAUUGAGGUCUGGGCAAGCUUCUCUUUACUGUUUGUUUUUAUCUGUUUCCUCUACUUCAAGUGACUAUUAAUAAAUCUUAUAAAAUGUAA